ACAACAAACCCCUUCCUCCCAUCUGUAAACAAAAAAAUAAAAAUAAAAAGAUAAAAAAAAAGGGGAGACAUGAGCAUCAAGAAACGAGACGAAAUACGGCCGGGCCUCCUCCUCGGCAAGUACGUUGGCCGUCUCCUGGGCCGCGGCACCUGCAAAGUCUACUACGCUCGCUCCGUCUCCGACUCAUCACCUGUCGCCGUCAAGGUCCUCGACAAGCCGAACGCUGUAAGCUCCGGCGCCGCCCCUCUGAUCCUCCGAGAGGUCUCGCAAUGCGCCGGCUCGCCGACCACCCAACAUCCUCAAGCUCCACGAAGUCAUGGCACCAAGUCCAAGAUCUACCUCGUCAUGGAGCACGCCAAAGGCGGCGAGCUCUUCUCCCGCCUCGCUCGCCGCGGCCGCCUACCGAGCCGCGCUCGCCGAUACUUCCAGCAGCUGAUCUCCGCGCUCCGCUUCUGCCACGCUCGCGGCGUGUCCCACCGCGACGUGAAGCCCGAGAAUCUGCUCGUCGAUCGCGACGGCAACCUGAAGCUCUCGGAUUUUGGGCUCUCGGCGCUCCCGGACCAGCUUCGGCUCGACGGCUUCUUCACACGCGCGUGCGGGACCCCGGCUUACACGGCGCCCGAGGUUCUCCGGCGAAAGGGCUACGACGGCGCCAAGGCCGACGCCUGGUCUUGCGGGGUCAUACUCUACGUGCUCCUCGCUGGAUUCCUACCUUUCAACGACUCUAACAUACCGUCCAUGUACAAAAGCAUCCAGCUCCGGGCUUAUAAGAUCCCGGAUUGGUUCUCGCCGUCGGCCAAGCGGGUUAUCGAUAAGCUCCUGGAUCCGAACCCGGACACGAGGAUUACUAUCGAGGGGUUGAUGGACAUGCCUUGGAUUAGGAGAGCCUAUAGCCUGGACGAGCGUCUUAACCUGCUGUCGUAUCUGCCUCCGGCGCCGCCCGCGACUGAGGAGCAGGCGGACACGUUCGAUCCCCCGGCUGCUCCGCUGCCUUCGAUGAACGCGUUUGAUAUAAUAUCGAUGUCGCCGGGGCUGGACUUGUCGGGGCUGUUCGACGGGCCAACGUAG